AUGCAUAUCCAGUCGAUUCCCAUGUGGGUGGGCAGUAGUAACAACUACGCCUACCUGGUCAAGGACGACAAGACCAACGACGCCGUCAUUAUUGACCCCGCCAACCCGUCCGAGGUGACACCCGUAUUGCAAAAGGCUAUCAAGAGCGGCGAGAUUAACCUCACCGCCAUCGUCAACACGCACCAACGACAGCAAGGCGAACUGGGCCUGGAUAAGCUCCCCAUCAUCGGCGGCAAGGACUGUGAGGGCGUGACGCGGACGCCGGGCCACGGCGAGUCGUUCAAGAUUGGCGAGGGCAUCGCCGUCAAGGCGCUCCACACGCCGUGCCACACGCAGGACAGCAUCUGCUGGUUCAUGCAGGACGGUGACCAAAAGGUUGUGUUUACGGGCGAUACGCUCUUCAUCAGCGGUUGCGGCAAGUUCUUCGAGGGUAACGCGGAGGAGAUGCACAGCGCGCUGAACAAGACGCUGGCCGCGCUUCCCGACGACACGGUCGUGUUUCCCGGCCACGAGUACACCAAAUCCAACGUCAAGUUCGCCGCGUCGGUGCUUCAGAACGAGGCGAUCCAGAAGCUGCAGGCUUUCGCGGAGAAUAACAAGGAGACGCAGGGCAAGUUUACGAUUGGGGAUGAAAAGAAACAUAACGUCUUUAUGCGCGUCGAGGACCCUGAGAUUCAGAGGGUGACGGGAGAGAGCGAGCCCGUUUCCGUCAUGAAUAAGUUGCGUGAGAUGAAGAAUAACUUCAAGUGA